AUGCCUGGACCCAUGACAAGUUCCUAAACUGUCAGAAGCAGACCUCGUGAGCAGCUCCCACAGGCUGAAGGGCUUUCGAAACGCUCACGGCUUGUGCAACACGGCUCCAGAACAUUAAACUCAGCUCCAUUUCAUGGUGUGCCAUUGGGGUCUCGCCCCCUCUCUGCGCCUGGGGAGUAUGUGCUGUGCAGUGUGUGGCUGAAGUGCAGGGUGCAGCUGGUCUGCUUGGUUCUCCUGCGUGUGAAUGUGUCUGCGUCUGCUUGUCUGAGUUAUGGAGCUGGUGACCCGUACUGUGGGCACUGUGGGAGCUUUGAUCGCUGAAGCUUUGCGCUCUUUCACAGAGCUUUUUCUCACUCAGCCGCUCUGCGCAACCGUCGCCCUGCUGGGCGAGACCGAGCUCAAAACACUGGAUGGAGAGCAGUGCGUGUUUAAAGCGCGUGAGCUGUGGGAGAGGACCGGGGCCGUGAUCAUGGCUGUGAGGAGGCCCGGAUGAUUCCUGUGCAGAGAGGAAGCCGCUGAGCUGUCCUCUCUAAGACCCCAGCUGGACGCCUUUGGGGUUCCUCUGUAUGCUGUAGUUAAAGAGAACAUUGGGAUGGAGAUCAAGAACUUCAAACCUUACUUCAAUGGAGAAAUCUUCCUUGACGAGAAGAGGGGUUUCUAUGGGCCGAGGGAGAGGAGGAUGGGUCUGUCUGGGUUUCUGCGUGCGGGAGUGUGGCGAAGUGGAUGGAGAGCAUUUCAGAAUGGAUACUGGGGGAACGUCUGGGGGGAGGGCUUUGUGCUGGGGGGAGUUUACGUCAUCGGACCAAGACACCAGGGAGUCCUGUUAGAGCACAGGGAGAUGGAGUUCGGAGACAAAGUGAAAGCAUCUGAUGUCAUCCAAGCUGUGAAACGGAUCCAAACUGAAUUUCUGCCCCUCCGUCUGAGAUAGAUGCCAUUUCAGACUCUCAAUCAACAGGGUGAAAAGCUCUGGAGUGUCACGCUGAGGUUCAUGUGUGCUGCUGCCACAUUGUACAGGUUGACUCCGCAGCACUGCACAGUUUUGUAUGUUCCAUGAUUUACAUUUACAACUACAGACUGAUUUCAGAUCAAACUGAAAUCAAAAUUAAAACAAGUCCCCCGGUCAAACCAAACACAAUUUAUCAUACCACACCACAAAGUCAUACAAGUGUAGCGUCUUUUUCCGAUACCCUGAUACCAGGUUUCACUCACAAGUGCAUCACGGGGCAGAAGAUGUGGUAACACUCCUUGAACACUGCGACAUAACAUUGACACUAUCUUCCAAACAUGUCGUGGCAGAUGUCCAAUGGUGAAGCGACAGCUAGGUGGUGCUGUGUCUGAUCCACUCGUACCAGCACAAUACACACUAACACACCACCACCACCACCAUGUCAGUGUUACUGCAGUGCUGAGAAUGACCCACCACCCAAA